UGCGCGGGCCCCGCCGUGCAAGUAACGGACUGGCCAGGAAAUCAGCAGUUUAGCCAGCAGGCCCCCGUAUUUUUUACGACCCCUGGCUCUGAUUCUCUUAUUAUACCCUGGCCACUUGACACUUCAGGCAUGCUGGGGUUACUCGGGCCAUAUCGAGGAGCAAACCCAAGGGUCCUUCCUUCCUCAGCAAGCUCUGAAAUGAGCAUUUGAAACCACGGCACAGCACAGGGAAUUGCCCAUACUGGAGAUUUCAAGGUGGCAGACAAGAUGGAAAUCCCACCCGCCCUGCCACGCCUGUCUCAGUGUAGCACCUGGUGGAGAUUCCAUCACACACGUGGGAUGAAUAAGAGGAAACACUGAUGAUGGUGCGGUGGUGGUGUGUGUGUGUGCGUGUGCGUGAACAUGUAAAUGCACGAUAAGCUGGCAGCUCGGCUGUGCAGCCGGGCCAGACCAGCCCCUCCCCCCCAAGUUCCAACCUAGAACUCAAGCUCAAGCUCACGUGCCGCAGCUGCACGGCAGUGGGAUGCGAGUCUGGAUGGGGGCCGGCGAGGACGUACGGAGUAGAGAGCUACACGCAUACAUGCAAGCAAGCUGGAGAAAUUGCCAGCCCCAGGCAGAGAGGCUGGUGCAAGAGGACAGCAGGAGGCUCGACGGUGCACGGUGAUAGACAACGGUGGUCAUAAUAUCGAUCGAGAGAUGGGAGGACAGGGAGUUCCGAGGCGGGCGAGGUCGGGAAAUAAAAGUAAAGUAUGGGGUGGGAGGCACAGAACAAGCCAAGACGAGACGAGACAGCCCGGCCAACAAGGUUGACAUGCAGCCAGACAGAUGGCAAAGUAAGGUUUCGGGGGGGGGGCAUCAGGAGGAUUAUGAGGUCGGCCGAGAGCAGAGGGAACAACAGAGUGGCAAGACAGAAAAGAGGAGAUGGGAAAGGGAAUGGAUGAAUGAAGUGGAGUGGAGUGGAUGGGGAUGAUCGAUGGUUGGGCCGGGGCAGCUCCUGCCCCAGAGCCCCCAAGCCUCAGAUGAUGCCAGGUCGCAAGGUCCCCGAGCCGUUCGGGUGCCUACUGUGGUAGUUAGUCUUGGGUAGGUGGUAUCUACGGUAGGUAGGUAUUAGUGGGGGUGGGCGGCCAAGGGGAAAAGGGAAAAAAAAGGGUGGAGAGUAGAGAGUAUAGGAGGGAGCAGGAGGGAGGAGCAGCAGGAGGCGUGGGCUGGGCGUGGGCGUGUGCGUGCAUUGCGGUUUACUGAUUCAAAUCCAGUUGUGCAUCCUCGACCAGUCCGCCCCGCUCUCGUAUAUAAACACAGGCGCCCACCAUGACCGCUCCCUCCUUCCGCCCCGUCCUCCUCCGAUCUUCUUCUUUUUUCUCUCUCUCCAUCUAUUCAUUCCACACACAUCUCCCGUAGACAACAUCAAUUCGGCCACCGUCCAUCCCGUCGUCAAUCCCGUUUAUCGACCCCAGCCAUCAACACAACCGUCCCAAACCCACAUCAUCCAAAAUGCCUCCCAAGAAGACCGAAGGUGCCACCAAGGCCAAGGCUCCUGCCUCCCACCCUACCUACCAGGACAUGAUUUCUGAGGCCAUCACUCAACUCAAGGACCGCAAUGGAUCUAGCCGACAGAGCCUCAAGAAGUACGUGAAGGCCAACAAUAACAUCCAGGCCCAGACCGACUCCAUGUUUGACUCGCUCUUCAACCGUGCCCUCAAGGCCGGUGUCGACAAGGGAGUCUUCGUCCAGCCCAAGGGUGCAUCUGGUGGCACCAAGCUUGCCAAGAAGUCUGCCCCUGUCAAGAAGGAGUCUGCUCCCAAGGAGAAGAAGCCUGCUGCCGAGAAGAAGGAACCUGCUAAGAAGGCCACCGCCAAGAAGCCUGCUGCCAAGAAGGAGGGUGCCACCGCCACCAAGAAGGCCGCACCCAAGAAGGCCGCCUCCACCGCCGCUCCCAAGAAGGCUGCGCCCAAGAAGAAGGCCGAUGCUGCUGCCCCGGCCGCUGAGAAGCCGGCCGCCCUGACCAAGACCAAGUCUGGCCGUGUCGCUAAGUCCACCACCAAGCCAGCGGCCAAGAAGGCUGCCACCGCCAAGAAGCCAGCGGCCGCCAAGAAGGAGAAGACUCCCAAGAAGGCUGCUGCUUCCACUGCCGCCGCCUCCUCGGCAUAAGAUGGUAUGGAGAGAGGGCUCCAGGCCAUCAUCGACAGCGCACUUUGAGUUUAUUGUUCCACGCGUGUAGGGCGGUUCUAUUGGCGUUUGGGGGGGGAAACAGGAUUGUGGGUUCAACCAAAGGGUCUACGUUCAAUGUAUCUUGCUUGGGUCGGCGAAGGUGUGCACAUCAUUCCGGGGUCGCGGGCCACCAACGAGUGUAUUUAUUUACGAAGGGGGUGACUGCCCUUGACCUGUCUCGGCUCGUUGGGCCGAGGUGCGUGUCGCGCCCACUGCGCUUCCGGCGCGGCCGAGGUGGUACGGUCCAGGCACGACGAUAGUGUUAUUAGCAAAGCAGCCGGUUACGGGAGGAUGGGGCUGUUAAAGGGAUGGGCAUCUGUAAUUAUACCAACGAGUCCUGCUGGUGUUUGAAUUGCAGAUUCGGAAAACUUCAUAAUUGCUGGUCUUGUCGUGAUGCGGUGCUGGAUCAAAGCUGGUGUGGGAGUUGAAUUGUGUGGGUGGCGUGUCCGGUUUGUUGGGCGAGAUGGGUCUUGGCCAGUUUCCAGAGGCAGGCCGUGGCACGACGCGUGGUGCAGGGGGGGGGGAGGCCGGCGCGGGAGGUGGGCUGGGUUUGUUUACUUUGCUCCGCUGCAGGCCUCACGUGCCAGAUUUGUUUUCUUAGCCCUGGUUCCUGGAACAUGUUCGUGAAUGUGGGAAGUCUUCUGCCUGGAUUGCGAGAAACAAUCAAUCGGUGCACGUUAUCACUACUUAUUACGAUAGAACUAUGCCGUUUUCCCACAGACGGCCGACGGCUUCUUGAAAAGGUUUGCCCGUCGACGCACUUGGACCGUCAAUCAACCAACCGUUGCCGUGCCUAUUUUCGGACUGGAGAUUCCGGACUCGCUCGUCAAAGUGCACUUCUGUUCCUGCAUCCUGCUGCUUCUGGGUUAAAUCAACACCGUCAAGAGCGCGCUGCCCUCCACCGCCGUACUACGCAAGUCCUCUUUCUUGUUGCACGUCAUGUUUCAGACCUUCCCGAGAUGGCGCACCUC